GGAUUAAGCAAAAAGAUCAAGUUUCCUCCAAGAGAUAAGUCAGAUUCCAUCCUCAAUUUACAGACUCCUCUACCGAGGAAGACCCAGGAAGGACAACUGAAAGCUCUGAAGUCUCUGACUCACCACCUUUAAGAAGAUCCUCCAGACAUAAGAAUAGGACUCUACCAUCAUCCUCAUCCUCAACUUUUUUUCCAAGGGACCGAAAUCGGAGACACCGAACCUGAUUGUUAAUUUAUCCGAUUAUAAGUUAUCUGAUGUAGAAAGGUCAAUAGUAAACAAAGGUCUAUCAUUUGUUCCCACCCCUAAAUUUAAUGCAUUUCGAGCACGAAUAGAUUUAUUCAAGCUAUUUAGAACCAUCCGCUUAAGAGACAUGUUUAAAGACAGCAUAUCCAACACAACCACAGAUCCUUUCAAACCCAAAAGUACCUUCUGCCCUUCCACAGAUAACAUUUACAUUAAAUGCUUUGAAAAAGCUGUAGAGAGGGACUUUAACAAGCUAACUACUCGUAGACAACCAUACCACUCAAAUUUAUCAGAAUUAGAAAGAACCACUCUGGUCAAAUUGAGCAACCUCAAAGAGGUAGUCUGGAAACCAGCAGAUAAAGGGGGAGCUAUAGUAUUACUUAACAAAAGAGAUUAUAUUAAGGAAGUCAACCUCCAGUUAUCAAAUAGUAAAUUCUACCAACCUAUUGCAACAGACCCCACUAAACACAUUCAGUCCCUUAUUAGGGUGGUGUGUCAAGAGGGAUUAUCCAUGGGAUUUAUCUCUUCUUCUACAUUUAAAUACUUACAAAAUGACUUCCCUAGGAUACCUAUCUUUUAUAUUCUUCCUAAGAUUCAUAAAGGCAUCAUUCCACCCCCAGGCCGACCUAUUAUUUCUGGUUCAUCUUCUGUAUUGGAACCAGUUGCUAAAUAUCUAGACUCCUUUUGCCAACCAUUUGUCCCUCUCUGUGAUUCCUACAUUAAAGACACAAAGCACUUCAUUAAUAUCGUAGAAAAUCUCAAUAUUGAGGAGGACAGCAUUUUAGUUACGAUUGAUGUCACCUCACUCUAUACUAACAUUCCACUAGAUGAGGCUCGUAUCAUUAUAGAAAAUAUCCUUCGUAGGAGAACAAAGUUGCAACCACCUACACACUUCUUGAUGGACUUGUUAGAUAUAGUACUAGAGAAAAAUUAUUUCCGUUUUCAAAACCAAUUUUACUUUCAGACCUUCGGUGUCGCUAUGGGAAGUCCGUUAGCUCCAUCGAUUGCCAAUCUAUUCAUGGCACAUUUAGAAAACACUAUAUUGCUUAAUCCAUCUUUAAAUAUGUACUAUUCUAAUAUAAUAUACUAUGGCCGAUUCAUUGAUGAUAUAUUCAUAGUAUUUAAAACAACUGAAGCCGCAGUAGGAUUCUCUAAUUGGAUUAACACUAUACAUACGUCUAUUAAAUUUACCAGUCAUCUCAACCUGUCACAUAUCAAUUUUUUAGAUGUUACUGUGUAUAAACAUCAUAACAAACUGUUGGUCAAGAACUUCAGAAAACCAUCAGAUAAGAAUUCUUUUCUUCAUUAUAACAGCUUCCACCACUUUGGUUUAAAGACCAAUCUUCCAUUUUCACAACUACUUAGACUAAAGCGUAACUCAAGCUCUAAUGAACACUUCAUUCAUGAAAGCCUGACCUUAAGCCAGGAGUUUAGAAGUAGAGGCUAUCCUAAACAUGUCAUCAAAAAGGCAUUAAUUAAAGCUGAAAAAACUGAUAGAACCACCCUACUGAAAGAAUCUGCUAAACCAACUAAAAAUCAAAUUAUCUGGACACAAGAAUUAUCACAUUACUCCAAACACAUAAUCCAAAUUAUAAAAAAACACUGGCAUCUUCUUCAAGAUAUUUCAGGUUGCGAUAAAUUACCUAUUUUUGGAAACAGGCGUACUAAAAAUAUUAGAGAAUAUUUAAUCCAUACAGAUUUAACCACUCCUAUUAGUACACCAAAGAGCACCCUGAGAGGCCAUUAUCCUUGUGGUCACUGUAAGUGUUGUCCUCAAUCUUGGAAGACUAAGGAGAUAUAUAAUCAUAGGAACAAAGUGGGCACCACACUAAAACAUUUUUCUACUUGUAAUAGCAACAAUGUAAUCUACCUCUUGACAUGUGACUGUGAUCUCUGGUAUAUUGGAAAAACAACCAGAUCCUUGAGAAUCAGAAUCUCUGAACAUAAAUCCAGAAUCAAAAAUUUAUCUACAGAAUCUCUUUUAUAUUCACACUUCACCCAAUACAAACAUUCACCUACCUCAUUUAAAUUUUGUGUUCUGGAAUGCAUCUCUCAAAAACCUUUCAUGGACUUGGAAAAACUAUUAUCCCAAAGGGAAAUGUACUGGAUCUUUAAGUUUAAAACCUUUUCCCCUCAGGGACUUAAUGAAUCACUUAAUUUUAGCUGUUUCCUUUAAACCUUCAAGUACUCUUUAAAAACCCUUGAGUGAACCUCCAGAAUUACUCGCAGUUGAAAUCACCACAAGCAGAGUCACUCAGUGAAAGCAUUUAGCACUAUGUGAACUAGUGCUUUGUGAAGCAAGUAUGGUUUGGAAGUGUGUACAAGAUGAUGGAUCUCAUCGUGGCAUUUAUGGAAAGCUUAUUUGCACAAACUUCAAAAUUUCAUUCCUCGGUCAAGAACCUGCUUUGGAAGAUGAACUGCAGUUCAAAAAUAAAAUCAUUGGGCAAAAUGACAUCACUCUACAGUGUGUAGACCAACUUUUUGGAGUUUAUGAUGACAGAAAAAAACCUAUAUAUGGCCAACUGAGAAAAUACCCAGAGACAAUAAUAAUUUAUUGCAAGGAUUUUAGAGUGUUUCGCUUCUGUUUGAGAUACACCAAGGAAGAAGAAGUUAAAAGGAUUGUCAGUGGCAUUGUUCAUCAAACACAGACUGCAAAGCUGUUCAAGCGUUUAUUUCUGUUCUCCUAUGCAUCUGCUGCACCAAAUGAUACAGACGUAAAGACGGGAACAGUGAUGUUUGAGUCCAUAAAAGAUUGGCGUCAAGAAUUGGAACGGACCAAAGGAAACCUGAAAUUCAAAGUAGUGGGCUCCAAUGAAGACUACAGAGUCUCUAAAAAAUUACCUCCAUACUUCGUUGUUCCCAUGGCUGUCUCAGAACAAGACAUUUUGCAGUAUCACGGAAAAGGAAUUCCAAUUUGGUGUUGGUCUUGCCAUAAUGGAACUUCUCUCCUCAAGAUGUCAACUCUUCCCAAAGAACAAGAUGAUAACACUAUGCAGAUGCAAAAAAUCUUCUUGGACGGGAUGUAUAAGACAGUUGAUAAACCUCCUUUUGAAGCCUUGAAAAUAGAGGACCUUUCAAGCAGUCUUCCAUCUCUACCAGAGAUCCAAGUUACAUAUGCUAGAUUUAAGCAGCUGUUUCUAAUAGAUAACAGCACAGACUUCUGGGAUACUGAUGUAAAGUGGUUUUCAUUACUUGAGAAUACAAAUUGGCUAGAAAUCAUAAGGCGGUGUCUUAAAAAAGCAGUAGAGGUUGUUGAAUCGCUAGAAGCACAGAAUACCAAUGUUCUUCUUACAGAGGAGAAUGCUUCUGACCUGUGUUGUGUGGUUUCCUGUCUGGUUCAAAUUAUGAUGGAUUCAUAUUGCCGGACAAAGCUGGGAUUUCAGAGCCUUGUUCAGAAGGAAUGGAUUACGGGAUCUCAUGCUUUCUUGGAUCGGUGUAAUCAUCUGCGGCAAAGUGAUAAAGAGGAGGCACCUGUCUUCUUGUUGUUCUUGGAUUGUGUUUGGCAGUUGGUCCAGCAGUACCCACCAGCAUUUGAAUUUACAGAGACCUAUCUAACUGUUCUGUCAGACAGCUUGUAUAUUCCCAUAUUUAGCACCUUUUUCUUCAAUUCUCAACAUCAGAAAGACACUACCUUGUAUGGAGGAAGCCUGAAUACAGAAGGGAGUAAACUUAGUUAUCUUUCAGUUUGGGAAUGGUCUGUACAAUUUGAGCCUGAGGCACAGGCUUUGCUGAAUAAUCCUCUAUAUGCAGAGAAGCCAAAACUAGAUAAAAGUCAGAAGAAAACCACACGACUCAAGCAUCAGCGACAGCUUUCUUUGCCACUGGCACCAACUAAGCCUGCUCCAAAAAGAGGAUUUUUUAAAGAAGAAGCAGAUCAGUUAAUUAAAAACAUUUUAGGCAAAAGAAUCAGCAGGUUGAUAACUUCUUCUGAUGAUCUUCAGACUAACUUCAGUGAGUUCUAUGAAAGCUGGCAUGGUAAGAUGGUUGAUCUCCAUGGACUGCUGCUGCCACGACUCGAAGGGCCAGAAAUAAAGGUCUGGGCACAGAGGUAUUUGCGUUGGAUCCCCGAAGCUCAGCUCCCUGGCAGUGACACAGUCUCAACAAAAGUCUUGGAUGUGAUGGAAGAGGUACAAGGCUUGCAAAAGAAAAUGGAUGAAAAACAUAGCAAAGUCUCAGACGAAGAUGUGGAAGCUUCUCCUUUCCAGAGAAAUCCUGCUCGUUUGUCAUCCUUAUUCCCAUUUGCUUCGCUGCAGAGACAUUCCUUCAAACCAGUUUUACCUACCAGCUCAUGGAGAGACUUGGAAAGUGAGGACGAAUUGGCCAGGCGAGAUGAUGAGUAUGUUAAUUUAGGAGAUGUUUGACAGAAUACUCUUUCUCUCUGAAUUGUGGAAAUGAAAACUCUUGCACACUCCUAUUUUAAUUGUCCACAUUUCCUGCGAUGGUCUGUCCCUUUUUUUGCUACAUUCUGGAAGUAGCUAAUUACUGAAGCUUUUAUACAGGAAAAUCUUCCCUUAUUUGACAAUAGUAAUGCAUUUUACAAAUAACUUUAGAUCAUGUAUUUUCCUCAGUUUUCUGUAAAAGUAGAGGAAAUGGGAUGUAGCUGGGUUCUGUAGAGGCCGGCAAAGUAGUGGGUUGGAUCCACCCUCUCCCAUUUGCCCUGUUUCCUUCCAGAAAACCUUUUCUCUCUGGAAAUGCCAGGGCAACUGGAAGAAAAUGCCCCUCCUCUCUCUUGUAGGAACCUCUGCUGGGUCUGAAUCCAAAAAUUCAAAAUUGUUUUAUAAUCUUUGGGAACAAAUGAGAUGCAUAAGGUAUAUGAGCUUCUUCCUUGUUUGACCAUAAAAGGAGUAUUUGAGAAAUCUCCACCGAAAUUGAAAAUGACCUAGAGUUGGAUAUAGAACGUCUUAUUGGUUGGAUCAUAAAAUGAACAGAGUUGCACUGUUAAAAUUAGAUACUAUUUUUAAAAACAGACUUAAACUUUGAAAGUUUAUGUCCUAGCCUUUUAAAUUGGAGAAAUACUCAAUAUUUUAUCUUUUAUCACGCAUUCUAUUUUUUUCUGAUUAUCCAUUCUCUGCAUUAUAGUAUGCAGUAGAAGCCAUUUUGAGCUCUUUUACUAGUUAUCAUUCAAACUCACAAUCUCUUCUUUUCCUCACUAGUCUGUUUCCAUUAUGUCUAUUCUGGAGUCUUGAUUUGUAAAGGGUCUCUCCUUCCUGCCCAAGAACAGGAAGAGGUGGAAUUUAAGAGAUGCAAGUAAGCCAUAGCAAUUCUUCCAAUAGUUUGCUGAUUCAGUUAUUCUUCACUAAUGCCAGUAGCUUGCACUGAGCCUCAAGUCCUUUUUUUAGGAAGGACAGGUAAAAAUCUAUAUAUAGCUACGAAACUGGAUUUCUCAUCCAGCACUACUGCUUAUUAGAGAUGUGGCAUUAAAGCUAACUAUGAAUGUAAGAUGUUUGUGCAUUGGAUCUUGGUUUCUGGAUAUUGUCUAAACAGUACCUCACUUAUAUAAGCCAUAUAGAAAUCUUGCCUGCCCGUGCAAGAACAAAUAACUUUCACACUGAGAACAGAUUUCAAGAAAUCAGGAGGAUAAUGAAUCAACACAAUUAAAGCCAGAAGUUGCCCACAAGAGAGAACUGACAAGACUUUUUUUUUUGGAGAGCUGGAGAUUAAUUGAUGUCGUAGUAUAGAUGUGUUUAUUGAACUGCCCUAAGUGCAAUUCUUAAGCAUUGCCUUGCAGCUGGCUGCCGUCCUUUAAAGUUGCAUUGGCAGCUCAGAUUGGUCUCCAAUGUGAGUAUUCCCGCAGGAGUGGGUAGUGUAGACAAAUGCCAAAUGGAAACCUCCAAAGUCCACGUUGCCUUAUGAAUCUUGAUACUUGAGCUUCUUGAGCUUCCAGUAUUUUUAAAACACAAUAGUUCUACUUGUAUAUGUUGUUCUGAAAGCUAAUGUUGCACAUUUGUUUCUCUUCAGAUGUCUAGCAUUUAUAUUGUAGUUCCUUGCAGUUAGAUUUUCUGACUGCUUGGAGUAUGAUCUGAAUUCACUUUAAGACACUAACAUUGAAAAUUGCUUAAUUUUGUUAAAUUGUUUUCUUUGAAAGCUAAGUGGUUUGUAAAUAUAGUGAUCAUGGAAACGUAUUUAUAGAAAAGCUGUUGAGUACUGUGUUUCUAUAGAAAACUAUAAAUGGACAUACGGAGGGAUUUUUAAAAAUAAUAGCUUAUGGAACUGCUUCUUUCUAACCAGACUAGACAUGGCUUUGAGAUUAUCAAAAUGCAGCACUGUUUGAAUGGAGACAUAUUUAUCUUAUGAUAUUUGUUUAUCAGGAUUUUUUUUUGUUAUACCUCCCCAGUUUUUACACUGAAUACAAGCUUAGCUUUAACAGUACUUGAGGAAAAUAAUCUUCCUGUUAAUGCUUAAUAAUGCUUAAUUUGGACAAAUUUAUUUGUGAAUAAAAUGUACUUUUUACUAUU